CAUGGCUGCGCCCUUGAGGAAAUCGUGCUUGAAGCAUUUCAUUCAGUUAAAUAAUUAUCUUGGAAGAAAUACUGAUGCAAGCUCAGUUUCAUUACUUUACGUAAGGAGAAACUUUUCGGUAAAACAUGAAGAUUUCUUUGGCAUCGAAGAAAAUUCAAACCUUGCAGAAAAACCAUCAGAGUCAAAUGCUGACUCCGAAGCAGUGCCUCAUCGUCUGUCCCAGUCAGAAAUUGAACAUCUUAUUACUCCAUCUGGACAAAAAAGUAAAAAACCUAAGGAAGUCAUAUACCAAGCACCUUUUGGAGAAAUUCGUUUAGAUAGUUAUGGGAAAAAAACAGUUUUACACAAUCUUAACCAUGAAACAUUUCUACAGGCCUUAACUUCAUCUCGGGCAGACAAACCCUUCAUAGACGAUUGCCCUAAAGAUAAGACUGUUACAAAGGUAAAAAGAACAAGAAACUCGUUCUCGAUGCAAGAAAAGAACAGAUACUCUUUUAAAUAUUCAGAUACAUCACAGUCUGGUACACCAGCAAAUAACACAAGCUUCCAAUCAAAACACCAAUUGGAUGUAAGCGAACAAAAUGACCAGACUAUAACAAUAACACCAUAUGUUGGGGCUCAUAUAAAUUUAAAUAACAAUACAAAUAGGCAGAAAACAGUUAUCUCUAACAUCCCGACAACAGAUUUAGAAAAUGGCUUGAAAGUUCAAUCCCAUGCAUCAAAUACUGAUGCCAAAGAUCAUCCUGCUAGUAGUGACCCUCCUGAAGACAGCUUCGUUGAUCAAGUUUACUUUUCACCUCUUCUUCACUCUGACCAAAAAGAAGCAUCAUGUGCCAGUGGUGAACCAGAGAGAAAAUCUGACUUGUCAUACAUUGACCAACAGUUUUUUCCUGGUGUUUGUAGUAACAAGAAUGAUACAAUGGACUCUGUUAAUGAUGCAGAGGUUCAGAAAUAUUCUGGAGUCUUCAGUUUUCAUGAUAGCGCAAAACUUACAUGGGAUAAGAGUGAAGAUGAAUGUUAUGCACAAGACUCCACAUCUGCACCACCACCAAAGACUGGCUUAUCUCAGAAGAUUUUAGGUCAAGGAUCUUUCAAAAAUGAAGAGAAAGAUGAAGAGUUCAACUUUAUUGAUGCACAGUAUGCAACCAGUGGUGGCAGCCACAAUCACUCAUUAUUGUUUGAUACAGAAGUGCAGCAGCAUAAUACCAUAAAUGAAAAUGUGCAGCAUAAACCUUUUAGAAGGCUCCAGGGCACUCACACUGAAGCGGUGACUGGACGGCAGCCCAUCUAUUCACAGGCAUCAAAUCAGCAAACAGCAAAAACAAAGUUCACAGUGCAAAUUCCAAACCAGAAACUAGUAACAACAGAAGAGAGAUCUAAGACACUUCAGAGAAAGGACCAGCCUCAUGAGGAUUCACAAACCGCUUAUGAUGUGGCAAUGUCAAUUCGAAAAGAUAUCAAGCACAAGUUAACAGAUGAAAAGAAACUUUCUGCAGAAAGGAUGAGGGUGAUUGAGAUCAAAGAACAGAUACCGACUUUGAGCGUUUACCAGCAGCAGAUAUUACCAAGAUUCUGGCAGCAAGCAUUAUAUUUGAGAAUGAUGACUUCAUUGCUAUUCACAAGCCAUAUGGAUUAGCAUCACAUGGUGGUCCAGGAGUUCGGGUGAGUGUUGGUCAGUUGCUGGAGCCUUUGAGUCGGAUUGUAGAUGCUGGCCGUGGAAAUUUUCAGAGACUGCAUCUGGUCCACAGGCUUGAUAAAGAAACCACAGGAAUCAUGCUUCUAGCAAAGUCUGCUGAGGUUUCUUGGCAGUUGCUGGGCAUGUUCCGGAGACGCGAGGUGAAAAAGAUUUACUGGACAAUUACCAAGGGUUUGCCACAGCCUCAUGAAGGUGUCAUUGAUGUACCACUUGCAAGGCAAAAAAUCAAUGACGUUUACAAGACAGUUAUCAAGCCUGAAAAAAGGGUUGUGGGUGAGAAAAUGAAAACUCUUCGUGAUGAUGAUAAGAGCUCAAGAGCUGUCACACAGUACAAAGUUUUGGCACAUAGAGACAGCAUGGCACUGGUUGAAUGUAUACCACAGACUGGAUUUCAGCAUCAGAUAAGAGCUCACCUGGCACAGGGGAUGAAUAGUCCUGUGCUGGGAGACCAUAAAUAUUCGCACUUUGAUCGUUUGGCACCUCAGAAAUUGUUUCCGGAAGCUCUCCAAAAGCUGAAUCUUCGUCAAGCCCAGGUUCGGUAUCUGCCUAUGCACCUUCAUGCUAAGGCACUGGUACUACCAGAAUGGCGGGGUGAUAAAAAUGUCUUCAUUAAAGCCAAAGUGCCAAAGUACUUUCUAAAGAAUCUUGCAACUUUGAAAAUAAAAAUUCCACACAAUUAAGAUAAAGGAUUCAAAUCUCAUAGUAAUUGUUAAGUGCUGUUAUUGUAAAAGUGCUUUUCCAUAUCUGUGAACAAACAUUAUUCUGCAGUGGUGCUGUUACAUCCUAAGCGAGGGAAGUAGGAUGGGAAGGAAAGAACAUUUUUGUAUUAUGCUUUGAAAAUUAUUUGCAACUAUAGUAAAGCUGGGAAAAAAGCAUCCGUUCUUCACUCCAGUUCUCUUCUUGUUGGCUUCAACAGCAUCGACUUGUCUGGUGCAAACUCUAUCCCAGUCAAGGCUGCAUUAUGUUCCAACAUUAUCAAUCUUUAGAGAUCAUUAAAGAUUUUGAGAAAUGUCACAUUCUUUGAGGUCACUGGCUUGAUGUACAGCAGGGGUGGGGAACCUUUUCACCUGCAAGGACCAUAUUGAUAUUUAUAACAUCUCCUGCAGGCCAUAAGAAAUUACUUAAAACUCAACCUGCUAAUAUUUUCCAGUGUUAACAAUUUUGUAACAUGCACAGUCCCAUCCUGCUUGCUGUCCUCCAAAUCACCACAAUCCAAUUCAUAAUUAUGUGUGCAAAAAAUAUGCUCUGCUCCUGUGAAAAACAUGGCAAAACAACUGUUUGGUGUUCAUGAAAUAUAUGUUUAUAAUUAACAAGUGUCUAUAGAGAACAGAGUAUAUAGUAAUAAAGGAUUGUUUUUCCUAA